AUGAACCGUUCGAUCCCGGGCUCAAGUGGACCACUUGAGCGAUGGCAUUUGGAUACUUCUCUGCCUCUGUCUGAUAUGGUGGCUUCCACAGCCGACGCAGGCUCGACCAUUGAGAAAGUUAUAAAGGCUCAAAGUCAGAACACCAGUAUCAGAAGUUCCCAUUUUGCCACCACGUACAUGGACAGCGAUGGGAAAAUUAAGAUACACACCUCGGAUUCAAUAUCUGGCUGCUUCGGUGCCAACUCCACCCCAGAAGCGAUCGAUCGCUCUCUGAGAAUGAGAGUCCCAGACCAGGAAUGGAGCAUGCAGUCUAUUCACCCUAGCCAGACACCUACCCCUAUGGAAUGGAGCACGCAGAUGUUGCCUGAAUUUUUCAAUAAUCGCCUAGCCCGAACAACUGGAAUAAUCCCAGGUGAAUGGAAACGUCAACGUCAAAGAAGGGUAAACCGAGCAGGCAGCGUGGCACCAAAGAAACUGGUCCGCCUGCCCCCGAAAAAAGCGCCGUCGCCUCCUACUCCGCCACCCAGUCGAAUGAGUCUUCGAGUGGAUGAUAAAAAGAUGUUGCAACGAUGGUACAAGAAGGCAUUCAUGAAUCUCAAGCAAGACAAUUGCCGUCUCAUUGCCAAGUUGUACAUGGAAUUCGUCGAGCCCAGAGAGCACAAAUCUUCCCCGUACGCCGGAAAGGUUCAACCAACAUGGUGGCCGGCCGAUGUCAAACAUCUGGGGCCGGAUCAACUUCUUAAAGAAGGCCGAGUGAGGCUGCUCGUUCAUAUAUUGUGUGCCAUGAAGGAAACACACGCCGUUACUGCGGACAAAUUACAGAAGGCCAGUCAGAGCUUGCGACAACACAUCAAACCGGUUGACAGCAUCCAAAUUCUCGAGGAGAUUUAUUUUGUGCGCGAAAUGGAAGAGCGCUUCCUGAACAAGAAGAUCACUGAGGACACCUUGGUCCAAGUAAAACAUACCCUCCUGCCCGACGCAGUCCACACCCGCGCUUACAACAAAGCUGGACGAAAGCCUCUUAAUCCACACAUGAUCCAAUGA